AAUAAUAGCAAUAGCACUUAGACUUAUAUACCGCAUUACAGUGCUUUACAGCUCUCUCUAAGCAGUUUACAGAUUCAGCCUAUUGCCCCCAACAAUCUGGGUCCUCAUUUUACCCACCUCGGAAGGAUGGAAGGCUGAGUCAACCUUGAGCCUGGUGAGAUUUGAACUGCCAAAUUGCAGGCAGCCGGUAGGCAGCAGAAGUAGCCUGCAGUACUGCACUUUAACCACUGCACCACUGUGACUUAUAUACCCUGCAAAGGUUAAGGGGAAAAAUUCAUUGUUGCCAAAUGCAGUCUUACAAGAUAUUAAUCCUAAUUAUUACUUUAACUUUCUUCAAGAGACUACCAUGGAUUUGUAUGGAUAGCUAGUCUGAUCUGAUUGAACAUCCAAAUCCAGUCCAUUUGUUUUAAACAACCGGCAAAUUUGGUUUUAGUAACAGUUCCUAACUCAGUUUUUUUGUUUCUCACAAUGUCUGUGACUCCUUGAACUGUGUUUGGAGGAACAUUCUCAACUCAGAAUCCCCAGAAAGCAUUCUGUUUAAUGUCCCACAAAUAAAAUCAAAGCCUCUUCUUUCCUUUCCCUUUUUAAUUCUUGUACUAUAUUUACGUGACUAGAGUUGGGAACUUCACUUGUUUGUUUUGUCACUUAGUGGGAUAUAACACACAUUUUAAGCUGGGAAAUAUGACUGGGCUUCUUGUUCGUGGAGGCAGAAGAAGAAACACAAGAGGAAACACAAUUGAGGCGGAACAGGAAAUUCAGUCUUUUUCACUGUAUAUUGGUGAAAGGAAUUAAAAUCAGACCAGUAUUCCCUAGCAACUGGUAGCACAGAGAUUUCAAAGAACAGACAGCCAAAUUGUAAUUUUAGCUUGUUCAAAAGUUCAUCUCACAAGUAGUAACCCCAAGCAAAUGUGCAUAACUCUGCAGUUUUAACUGAUUUAGUUACAAAAACCACUGCUGCAAAUCCUGUGACCUAGCUUCUCUUCAAUUAAAGAAGAUUGUUUUGGGCAGCCUUCCCCAAGCCAUUCGAACUAAAAAUAAUGAGCAUUGUAUACCAAUGAACCACAUGGCACAAGAUCAAGGAAAAUUUGUUUAGUUAGUAUUCACUUCAUUGCAACAGGCUUUUGGGAGAGACAUAUUGAAGUUGCUUUCUUAGCAAUUAGGGGAAAAAAGCCUUAGAAAGCCUUAAUCAGAUCAUACUUGGAAUACUGCAUCCAGUUUUGGUCACCAUAAUAUAAAAGAGAUGUUAAUACUCUGGAAAAAGUGCAGAGAAGAACAACAAAGAUGAUCGGGGGCCUGGAGGCUAAAACAUACGAUGAACGGUUGCAGGAACUGGGCAUGGCUAGUCUAGUGAAAAGAAGGACUAAGGAUGACAUGAUAGCAAUGUCCCAAUAUUUGAGGGACUGCCACAAAAAAGGGGGGGGUCAAUGUAUUCUCCACAGCACCUGAAGGCAGGACAAGAAACAAUGGAUGGAAACUAAUCAAGGAGAGAAGCAACCUAGAACUAAGGAGAAAUUUCCUAACAGUCAGAACAAUUAGCCAGUGGGAUGGCUUGCCUUCAGAAGUUGUGAGUACUCUUAUCACUGGAGGAUUUUAAGAUAUUAGACAGCCAUUUGUCCAGAAUGGUAUAUGGUCUCCUGCUUGAGCAGGGAGUGGACUAGAAGACCUCCAAGGUUCCUUCAAACUCUGUUAUUCUGUGUCUGUGGCUCUUCUUCAUCUCUUAGCUUGCUCAGUUGCCCAUUUUCUGCUUUCUUGCUCAGUUGCCCCUGAAAUUUCAUAAAAUUCCCCAUACUGGGACUCAAAGUUCCCUUUUGCCUUUUCCUGGUGAUGGUGUCCUGUUUGUCUUUCUCCAUCCACAGCUCCCCGUUAUCCUAUAGAUGGAAGUCAUUUUGGCUUGAAAAGUUAUUAGAGAUAGAAGGCCUUUUGCUGACUAACUCCUGAUCAGUGCCGACAAUUGCUUUCCAUUACCAGGUCUUCAAUAUGCUAACCCAUGUCCCGUCCUCUUUGGGAAAAAGAAGUUUCUGCUUCAGAAUUGUCCCUUUACAUAACUAUUGCUACCAGGGCACAAUCUGUUGCAGUAAAUCCAGAUAGAUCUUCUUCCUGGAAAGCGGAGAAGACAGGAGACUAUAUAGAUAAUGCAGUUGUUGAUGAAGGGCAAUAAGCAACGGACACAGGAGCCUACAGCAGCCAACCGAACAUCUUCACGCUCCCAUGCAGUGCUGCAGGUCACCGUGCGCCAAAAGAGCCGCAUCAAAAAUAUUAUGCAGGAGGUGCGCAUAGGCCGACUCUUCAUGAUUGACUUAGCAGGCUCAGAGCGGGCUUCUCAGACGCAGAAUCGUGGACAGCGUAUGAAGGAGGGCGCUCACAUCAACCGGUCUCUGCUGGCUCUUGGCAAUUGCAUCAAUGCUCUCAGUGACAGGACUGGUGUCAAAUAUGUUAAUUACCGGGACAGCAAGCUUACUCGUCUUCUAAAGGAUUCUCUAGGUGGGAACAGCCGUACUGUCAUGAUUGCUCACAUCAGCCCCGCAAGUAGUGCUUUUGAGGAGUCACGCAGCACCUUGACCUAUGCUGAACGUGCUAAGAAUAUCCGCACCACGGUGAAGCGCAACCAUCUCAAUGUCUCCUACCACAUUGCUCAGUACACAAGUAUCAUUGCUGAACUCCAUCGUGAAAUUCACCGGCUGCAAUGCAAAAUUGAGCAACAAGAGCCCCGUCCAAUACGGUCAGACAUCCGGAGUAUUCAAGCUGAAGUACAGCUCCGUGGGAAUCAUUUUGAGAGGCAGGAGAUGGAUCAGCUCCGGGAACAGCUGAUCAGCACCUUUCGGGAACAGAUGGAUGUGCGUCGCCACCUCAUGGAGCUGGAGAAUAAUUACAUGGAGAUACAGAUUGAGAGCUCUCGCCAUCUCCUCACCAUUGCUGAUUGGGAACAGGAGAAGACACGUCGAGCGCAAAAGUGGCGAGAGGAGCAAAGAAAAGAGAGUUACAACAAAGAUGAAAAUGAGAAGGACUCUGACACUGGGGACGAACUCUCAGAUGUACCAGAGCCACAGGAAGUGGCAGCAGCUCGGGAACAUAUCGCUAUUCUCCUGGGGGAGCAGGAUAAACUUCAUAAGCAGAAGGCAGAGCUGGAAAGGCGCUUCUGGGAAAUACGGCAGCGUGGGCAGCGGCUAGAGGAGGCCUUGCCGUGGUGCAUCAGCUCAGAAGAGCAGAGAGAGGUUCUGAGUUUGCUGUGUAAGGUACAUGAACUGGAAGUGGAGAAUACAGCCAUACAAUCAAGUACGCUUCUCAAGGACAACUUCAUCCGUCAUCAGGAGAGAGCUAUGCGUCGCUGUGAGCGCUAUCGCAGCCUCUGUCACCGCAUCAUCCAAGAACAACGACAAAUCAUUCAUGAGUCUCACCUAGUGGUGCCAUCCCAUCUGGAAGAACUGUAUCAGGUUUACUUGCAUGAACUGGAAGAAGGGGCCUUAGAUCGAAUGGCAGCCAUGAAUCAAGCAACUGUUAGAGCUCUUAAGGAGACUUCUGUGCCAAAGCUUCCCCCGCUCCCUGCAGAAAAUAUUCUGGACUCGGACCAAGAGAGUGUCAAGACGUUGGGUUCUGAGGGUCAGCAGCUGCCUUGGCGGGAUUCUCGGAAGAAUACCCUCCCACCUCUUGUUCCAGCAUCAGACAGUGAAGCAGUUCAGGUGUUCAAGGCAAGACCUCGGGCUCGGCAGAUGAAACAUUCAGCAGUGAUGACUCCACCCCCGAUCCAUGUCAAUGGCAUGAUCAGUCAAGAGUAUACACCCCAGGAGAGUUUGCUUAUCCUGGGCAGCCACCAGAAUUCUUCCCCUGACAGCAGCGAUCACUGUUCUGAUGGCAUCUUGAUGCAUGGAGAACACAAGGAGAUGGCGAGCGGCAUCAAAAACAUUGCAGUGAAGGCUGCCCGGCGUCGUUCACGAGUCCUGGAAUCCGAUAGGCUGAACCUGCUGAAGCCAACCAAGGAGCUCAGCAACCUCUCCCUCCACUCUCUGAGUGAAAGCGAGGAUACCCUUUGCCGGGAAACCCCCGCCCUCUGCCAACCCGCCAGUCCCAGCCUGCAACAUGCCAUCAGCGAGGACAAUCUGUCGAGCAGUACCGAGGAUACUGCUCCUGGGAGACAUGUCCCCAGACGCUCCCUUGGUCCCUGGCUCCAGGUUAACAAAAAGGGAAGCAAGAAACUUGAGAAGAGGGAAGAAUCACUAGAGGCUAAGAGGAGGAGACGGCGUUCACGCUCAUUUGAGGUUACUGGACAGAGGCUCCAGGGCCCAAAGAACAAUGCCUUUCGACGACAUCCCCUGGAAAGCAGUUCUGAGCACAAGAUAAUGGCAGCAGGAGGGAUGCACAAUAUCCGUGGCAUUGGAAGAGCUGCUGUGCAGUUGUCCAGAGUGAGGCUUCUACAAGUCCAGCCUUCCUCAGGUCCCAGUGAGGCAUCCUCUCUUUCUGUUGCUUCCCAUCAAAGUGGCAUCUCCAAGAAAAUAAGCCAGCCCAGUCAGUACCCCCCACGCUUGAACUAUGUCACAGUGAAUGGGACAAACCCUCCUGGCAAAGAUGGAAAGAACCGGCGAUGUUAAGCUCUGAAGGGACACAGGGAAGUUGAGAUGCUCCAGGGAGGUGCAUUUGAUGGCCAGUCAGAAUACUGUGGCUAAAGGCAUUAGAGAGAAAUAGCUAACUUGAACAGAAGGCCUAAAAGCUUGCCUGGUGGGGUGCAGUGCUGCUGCCAAGAGGAUUUUCUGGCCACAAAAAACUUUUAAUCUCCAGGACUAGGUUCCCCCAAAUUGAAAUGAGUAGUUGUCUGAAUGGGUACACAGAAGGCUGUCACCAGAUAUAUCCAGUGCUGUAAUACCAAGAUAGGUGUGGAAGGUUGGUUAUUGUGCAAACACAGCUCUUUAGUUUUUAAACUAUGUGUUAGAGGAGGACACAGUGCCACAACAUUGGUGUAACCUGGCAAUAAGAUGAUAUGCUGUGUGCAUUUGCUGUACUUUUGCAUCAUUCCAAGGCAAAUAAUUUCAACAUAUUUAACUAGCACCUUUCUACAGUGACCUUCAGAGGAAAAGGUUUGUGGACAACAUUUGAAACCACACUAUGUCUGCCUAUGGCCAUGAUUCUCUACUAAGGGGGCUGUUGUCAAUCAAGCAUCAUCCUUAGUUUCACGACUGGGAUAUACUUACCUUUGGGGUUACAUGGAUUUUUAGAUGAUCCUUUAACUGGGCUGGAUGCAAGAAUUGUUUUUCCAGAACAAUUCACUAUUGCUUUUUUCAGCAAGUAAUUUUUUUUAAAAAGUAUGUGAUGGAAUCCCAAAUCUUGCCUUUUGUAUCUCUCUCUGUAAGUAAAGUGGGACAGCAAACAAUAUCCAAUACCACCACCAGAGUAUUUCCAGAAUCCUUCCAGUCUCUUGUAGUUUUUGUUGCAAGGGUCCUUUCUUGCAAUAUGUGUGAUGCUUCAUAUUAUGCCAUCACAAAUAUCUGUUUACAACAAUCUUGAACAGGUUUGGAUAUAUCAUUGUCUAAUUCACCUCUACUUUAUUUACUGCCUAAUUCUAAUGAUUGUAGAUUUCCCCACAGGAUCCAGCUGUUUUUGUCAUUCCACUUUCCCAAUUUCCUUUAAAAAAAAUCUGACUUCAUUUUUUUCCAAUUGGGUCUGUUUACCUUUCUCAGUUAGCAACCCACUGCUAUCUCUUCUUACAUUGGAUUUGUUAUGAUGGUAUUUAGGUUCAGUCACCAAGUUCACUGGGUACCAGUCAUUUAGUCACUAGUCACACUGGCUGUGCUAAAGGCAAGAUUACAGUGGAAACAUGGAAUUUAAGAAGCACGAACACAGGGAAACUCAACAUAGUAAAAGAUUAAACAGCUCAACUACAUCUUGAUGUCUUACACAUCAGUGAAUUGAAAUGGUGUGGAAUUGGAUAAAGACACAAAAGAUGAAGACAUCAAGAGGGAAUAAAAAAAAAUAAAAUUUAAAGACCAACAAGAAGAAACAGACAUUAAAAACAGAAACAGACACAGAAAACAAAGUCUCCAAGAAAUCUUCCAACUCUCAAAUCCGCAUGCGGAAGGAAGUCAAUAGACAGCAGUAACUGGUUCAAGUAAGAACAAAGAUGGAACUUCUGAAAUUCUGCAUACUAAGGUUGUCAACAUCCAACACAUCUUAGAAGACUCAAAUCCGGCCACCAUUUGUGCAGUAGUCAAAUUUUAUGCUCCCAUGGUGUUAAUAAGGCAAAGCCAAUUGAAGAAAUAAAGACUACUAUUUUCAUCAA